AACAAACCCGAAUGAAAUAUACUAAAUCGGAUUCGUUCCAAGAAGGGUCUACACACCUUUUAAGCAUGUUUCAAGAACCAAGUGAAGAGUCGGAAGAAAAAGACACUGUGGAUAUUGUACAAAGUGUACAGUACUUGGAUAUUUCCGAUGACUAUUUUGGAAGACCACAACAGCAACCUUUCUUGAAACCUUUGAACUUGGAGAGCUCGGGGAGCCUUUCAAAUUACGGAAAUGUAUUUGAACAUCUCUUUGUUACUCCUUCAUAUAACCAGAUGAACAGACUUUCGCCUUUGACUUCUCAACUUGAAUUGUCCGAAAACCAGAGUAGAGCUAAUAGUAGUUGCACGAGGUCUUCGACGAGAAGUGCCAGUGAAGAAGAAAGAUAUAACCAGGUUGAGCAUAAAAUCACCUCGUGGCUCUGCCAGUUUAUUUCGAAUAUAGCAAGACGCCUAUUAGCUCUCUGUAGAAACAAAAGUUUCUUGGUUUCACUGCGAGGUUUAGUUGGCUAUUUCUUGUUGUCCAUUUUUGUUUUUGUUCCGAGUUUAUAUAAUGACGUUUAUGGUCCUUUGGCAAUUGAAAUGUUUCUUCUUACUGUCACUUUUGGCUAUGAAGAGCUUGCCUUUGGAUUUAUCUCUCUAGGUGCACUGCAAUCCACAGCCGCAUUGAUACUUGCUGCUGGCUUUGGCGCACUGGGAGCAUAUGCAAGUAGUGAAAGCUACGUGAUCACCUUUUUCAUAGCCUCUAUUGGUACUCUUUUGUUCACUGUAUUGCAUUCAGACAGUAGAAUGUCGUUCAUUUCCAGUAUGGGUGAAAUGUAUUUUGUGUUUAAUUUAUUAGACAGCCAUAGUGGAAAUAAUAAGAAGGUCUUUACUUAUUUUUAUGAGACGAUUAUUGGUGCGAUAUUGGCACAUGUAGCUUCUCUUCUCGUAGCGGGGCUUCUGUUUCCAACUUCAGCUACUUCCGAAAUGAAGCUGUGUAUAGGCUCUUCUCUAAUUGGUGCAGGAAGUUCUUUGAGUAAAUGUGCUUCCUUGUUGCUUACUCCAUAUGUGGAUGAAGUUGUUGACCCGUUUGAUAGAGAUUGCUUGAAUCAUUUACGCCAUAGUCCAGCGUUUCUGAAACAUAUUUUAUGCGAGGACAUUUCUUUAGAGCAUCGGAUGAAAAUGCACCGAGCACAAAAGCUUAUUGAAUAUAUUAUUUAUGAACCAGAUAUACUGCAUCCCUUACAUCAAGAACCUAAAAGUCAGUGGCAAGCAGUCAUCAACUCUGUGGAGGAGCUCUUAAAGAUUGUUCAAAGUACACAGUCUAUUUUAGAUGGCGAAAGAAGACGAUUUAAGGGGGCAGUAUUGGAGUCGUGUCAUGAACUCAAUCAAGUAUUGAUUAAACACUUUGGUUUCAUAUCUGCAUACUGCAAGGUGCUUGGUGAGUAUUUAAGAGAAGCUGGCCGUGUCUCGAAUCGUAUUUCCAUGGAAAACUUUAUGAAAGUGUUGCUAGAGUUCUCUGAAGUGGAAACCUAUGAAAGGCAUUUUAGGGAGGAUUUGAAGGUAGCAUAUGAUAAUUACUGGCAAGAUACAGAGUUGCAUCUUUUAGGUAGAACAGCCAUUGAGCUUGGACCCAUUAUGUCAAUGAUUAUCUUUGCCAAGUCUCUUCUGGACUCCAUUGUAGAUAUCGAAGAAUCACUCAUCCAGCUAGAACUUGUUCGAGAACAGAAGUCCCUCAUAAGAAUGAUUAAAAACUUGUUUGGAUGGUUCCAUGUUUUACUUUGGCCUGCGAAACACUGGUUUCUAAUUUUAGGGAAGAUACCUCGAACAAAACAAGAAGCAAUAGCUUUGAUGUCGUCCCCAGAAUUUCAGUUUUGCUGCAAGAAAUGGUUUGGUGCCAUUGUUCUUUUAGUUAUUCUGUUGCUUACACCGGCGAGGAGCUUUGCAUUGAAAUAUAAUGGAACGUGGCUUUGGAUGGCAUAUGUCCUUUAUAUUCAACCUUCUGUUGAAGGAACAUUGUUGGGAAGCGUCAUGUGCCUUGCAGGAGUAACAGUUGGUUGCACCAUUGGCUUUUUGCUUAUGAACUGGCAAGCAACUGCAAUGAAUAGCUAUUUGUUAAAUUUAUAUUUAGGAAUUGUCACCGGCGUUUCCGUAUAUUUCGCAAACAGUUCCUUGUCCAUAACUUUUAUAACAUUUGCAUUUACGGAGUAUGUUAUUAUAUUUUAUCAGUACAACCCGUUUGAAUAUGUUGCGCACUGGUAUUAUGCGUUGUCUCGGUUUAUUAUGAUAUUCAGUGGCAUCACAGUGGCUGUGAUUUUAAACGAGUUUAUUUUACCGCAUUCGGCUUUAACAGAAAUUAGAGAGUUGCUUGCGGGUUCGUUGAAGAAGAUGAGUACGGGGCAAUCUUGGAUGCUCCAGAAAUUUUAUAGUUCUCGUGUUUCAGAGAUGUCGAGUGUGAGUUCAUAUUCAGUAGAAGGUCGUAUUUCAGUGAACUCGGUUGAUGAUCGUUUACCUUCUACGAAACAAAUGACGAUGAGAAGAUCUUCCUCAGACGAAUCUUUGCACAGUCAGACCUCGGAGAAUUCCGAAGCUACCGAAAAUGGAAUUAACUCAAAUCGCAAGAUAAAGCAGACAAAUUUGCAGGAGAUUGAAGGAAUGCUUCUUGAAGCUCGUUUACGUAUGCAAAUUCUUCAGAAUAGCGCAGGUUCAACUCUUCAUGCAGUUCCAAUGGUUCUUCAUGUAGCACUUGAACAAGAACAGAAACUUUUAAAUCGUUUGAUUGCGUUUGAAACCGUCAUGCGUUACGAUCCGUUCAUUACAGGUUCGUUUCGAUAUGUGUUACAUAAACAUUUCAUAGAGCCUUUGGAAGAAACAACAAAGCGCUUGGUUAUUGCAAGAAAGGCAUUAAUAGAUGUUUCAGUUUCUUGCAUACUAGAUGGCAGGCCAUUUCGUUCAGUGCAGUUUUUUCAAGAAUUUGGUUUGUUAUCAGCAAAACGAACGGCUCGGGUUGCCUGGUAUUCGGCAAAUUUUACAAGACGAACGUUGAAGAGGGCUGUAAAGGCUUUCAAGGAAAGAAAAAGAAAUAGAUCUUCACGGAAGACUGCAUUUUUCCUAAACAAGAAGAAGCAUUUGAAAAAUUUAACUGUGCUUGAGAAGGAAAGCUUGGAGUUUCCAAAGGAUUCUAGUUUAGAGGAAGAUGUAAUUUGCGGCAGUUCUGAUUGUGUCAUCACAAAGAAUGCCGUAAACAGUUACACUGAAAAUGACAGUAAUCCAAGACACGUACUAACACAAACAACUGCUCCGGUGAAAUCUACUAUGAUGAAUGAGGUAUUUCGUGAAACACCACAAGGCAAUGAAGACGCCACUGCUAAGCUUUUGACAACUUGGCAGAGACUAGUUGCAGUUAUUCAGCGCAAACUCAACACUGGUUCGACCAAGUUUGGUAGUGUCGGGUCGACUAUGUUGGACUACAUUGUACGGGAAAUGCAAAGUGGUGAAGGGUCAAAUGUGCCUCCUAUUGUAAAGAACUUACAGGAUGCCAUGGAUGCUCUUCGGAACGCACAAAUCGAAUUUUAUAAACGGUAUUAUAACCUUGAAGAGGAAUACCUUAAUAUAAGAAAUUCCUGGUUUGCACGACAAACAACGACAACAUCUUUUAAAGCCAAUGGCGAUACCGUAACUUACAGAUAUACUGAAAAUCCAUACGUUGAUAUCAGACGUACAACACCCGAUGAUACAAUACUGUUUUUUGCGUCUUUCUUCUCUUCAUCUUAUGUGUUUGAUGGUUUCAAGGGUUUCGCGAAAGAGCUAAUCCAGGCCAUUCUGCAAGAUAUUGAAAGAAUUUGCCAGAAUUAUAAACUCCUCAUUCGAAGAAAACUGCUUAAGGUAUCAAAUUAUCGAAAGAAAACCAACCAAAAAAGACGAAGAACUCAUUCCGUACCUCGAAGGAGAGGAACUGGAAGCAAUGGUGAAGUAAGAAGGCCACCACUCGAUCAGUUCUCAACGGGGGAGACACCUUCGAGCUCUGAGAACUCGUUCGAAACCUUUUCCUCUCUGUCUUCAAAUUAAGUUUGCUUUAACUUUUCAAUCUCAG